CAGAGGAUUCACCAAAAUACUCGGACAUAUCCACUACACACGGACAAAGGCUUCUUCUCUUUUCUUUGUCUGAUCUUGAAACUCUCAAGUUCUUACGUUGAUGACUUGGCUAUGUUUGAACCUUCCUCUGCUUCUUCUUCCUUGGUACAAGAAAAAAGAUGUUGCAGAGAGCAGCGAGCAAUGCUUAUUCAUGGUGGUGGGCAAGCCACAUACGUACAAAACAAUCCAAAUGGCUCGAACACAAUCUUCAGGAUAUGGAAGAGAAGGUAGAAUAUACUCUUAAGAUUAUAGAUGAAGAUGGAGACACUUUUGCUAAAAGAGCUGAGAUGUAUUACCGUAAAAGACCAGAGAUUGUUAAUUUCGUGGAGGAAGCUUUUCGUUCAUACCGCGCUUUAGCUGAACGUUAUGAUCAUUUAUCUAGAGAGCUUCAAAGCGCAAACCGUACAAUAGCCACAGCUUUCCCUGAACAUGUUCAGUUUCCUUUAGAGGAUGAUAGUGAUGAAAAUGAAGAUUACGACGGAAGGCCACGAAAACCGCCUAAGCAUCUUCAUCUUAUUCCCAAGGGGAUCAACAUACCUGAAGUUCCGGAUAUUCCUAAGAAGAAAGAUUUCAGGAGUCAGUCUAUGAUGUUGUCUAGAAAAGGACCAGCUGAUCUGAAAAGGAAUGUAUCUUCUGCACAAGCGAAAAGGGAAGCGGCGAUUGUGCGUUCGGGUUUGAGUAAAGAAGAAGGUUUGGAAGAGAUUGAUAAACUUCAGAAGGGGAUCUUGGCGUUGCAGACUGAGAAGGAGUUUGUGAGGAGCUCAUAUGAAGAGUCUUAUGAGAGAUAUUGGGAUUUGGAGAAUGAAGUGACUGAGAUGCAGAAGAGUGUUUGUAACUUACAAGAUGAGUUUGGUCUUGGUGCUUCUAUUGAUGAUAGCGAUGCUAGGACGUUGAUGGCGAGUACCGCUUUGAGUUCUUGUAGGGACACACUUGCUAAGCUUGAGGAGAAACAGAAGAUAUCUAUUGAAGAAGCCGAGAUUGAGAAAGGAAGGAUUACUACUGCGAAAGAAAGGUUUUAUGCAUUGAGGAACAAGUUUGAGAAACCGGAGAGUGAUGUUCUUGAUGAGGUUAUCAGGACAGACGAAGAAGAAGAAGAUGUGGUUCAAGAAUCGAGCUAUGAAUCUGAGAGAGAAGACUCAAAUGAGAAUCUUACUGUUGUGAAGCUUGCAGAGAAGAUUGAUGAUCUUGUGCAUAGGGUGGUUUCAUUGGAGACCAAUGCUUCCUCUCAUACUGCAUUGGUGAAGACAUUAAGAUCAGAGACAGAUGAGUUACAUGAACAUAUCCGUGGUCUAGAGGAGGACAAAGCAGCUCUUGUUUCGGAUGCCACAGUUAUGAAACAGAGGAUAACGGUGCUUGAAGACGAGCUGAGAAAUGUUAGAAAACUAUUCCAGAAAGUAGAAGAUCAAAACAAGAAUCUACAGAACCAAUUCAAGGUAGCUAACAGGACUGUUGAUGAUUUAUCUGGCAAGAUACAAGAUGUGAAGAUGGAUGAAGAUGUUGAAGGAGCUGGAAUUUUCCAGGAAUUGCCUGUUGUUUCAGGAUCAGAAGAUUCUCGAGAUGAUUUGAAGUCAGUCUCAACGGAGAAAACGAAGAAAGAUGUUAUUGCAGUUAAGGAGAGUGAAGAUGGUGAAAGAGCUCAAGAAGAGAAACCAGAGAUAAAAGAUUCUUUUGCGUUAUCAGAAACCGCAAGCACUUGUUUCGGAACAGAAGCUGAAGAUCUGGUGACGGAAGACGAGGAUGAAGAGACACCAAACUGGAGACAUUUGUUACCAGAUGGCAUGGAGGAUAGAGAGAAAGUUCUGUUAGAUGAAUACACAUCAGUACUAAGGGAUUAUAGAGAAGUAAAGAGAAAGUUAGGUGAUGUUGAGAAAAAGAACCGGGAAGGAUUUUUCGAGCUAGCAUUACAGUUGAGAGAACUCAAGAAUGCUGUUGCUUACAAAGACGUGGAGAUUCAGUCGUUACGCCAAAAACUUGACACCACUGGGAAAGAUUCACCACACCAAGGAGAAGGAAAUAACCAGUUGGAACAUGAACAAGGACAUCAUGAAACUGUGAGCAUUUCGCCAACUUCUAACUUUUCGGUUGCCACCACGCCGCAUCAUCAAGUAGGAGAUGUGAAGAGAACACCUGGAAGAACAAAGUCAACUGAGGUUAGGGUGAAAUUUGCAGACGUUGAUGACAGCCCGAGAACAAAGAUUCCAACUGUGGAAGACAAAGUGCGUGCAGACAUUGACGCGGUGUUGGAAGAGAAUCUCGAGUUUUGGUUAAGAUUUAGUACAUCGGUACAUCAGAUACAGAAGUACCAGACAACAGUUCAAGAUCUGAAAUCAGAGCUAUCGAAACUGAGAAUUGAAAGCAAGCAACAACAGGAAUCUCCAAGAAGUAGUAGUAAUACUGCAGUUGCAUCAGAGGCAAAGCCUAUCUAUAGACACCUCAGAGAGAUUCGAACAGAACUACAGCUAUGGCUAGAGAACAGUGCGGUUCUUAAAGACGAACUCCAGGGAAGGUAUGCGUCAUUAGCUAAUAUCCAAGAAGAAAUCGCAAGAGUCACGGCUCAAUCAGGUGGCAAUAAAGUAAGUGAUUCAGAGAUUAGUGGUUACCAAGCUGCAAAGUUCCAUGGAGAGAUACUUAACAUGAAACAGGAGAACAAAAGGGUCUCGACCGAACUUCACUCGGGUCUUGACCGUGUAAGAGCAUUGAAAACCGAAGUGGAGAGGAUUCUAAGUAAACUAGAAGAGGAUCUUGGGAUCUCAAGUGCAACAGAAGCAAGAACAACUCCAAGCAAGAGCUCAUCAAGUGGAAGACCGAGGAUUCCAUUACGGUCAUUCUUGUUCGGUGUCAAGUUAAAGAAGAAUAGACAGCAAAAGCAAUCAGCAUCAUCCCUCUUCUCUUGUGUCAGUCCAUCUCCAGGUCUGCAUAAACAGUCUAGUUACAGUAGGCCACCUGGGAAGCUCCCUGAAUAAUCAGUCAAUCAUCUAUUUGUUAUUUGCCUUUUUCAGUUCCUUGUUUUCUAGCUUUUUCUGUCCUGUACCUGUGGAAGAACCAAAUGAGAUACAAACCAAAGUGAAUGUUCUUGCUUUCACCGUUUUCUAAA